AUGGAUGUCUCGCAGGCCGCUUUCCCAAACGGUGAAGGGCGGCCGGGCGGAGGAGGAGGGGGGACCACCAUGGACGGGGACCAUGCCUGGCCAGAGUCCUCCCCGGCCCGGGCCUGGGCUCACUCCGCCCCGCUGUGCCCCACCCGCUCCCUGUGGACGGCCGCCUAUGACUACGAGGCCAGCGGCGAGGACGAGCUGAGCCUGCGGCGCGGCGACGUGGUGGAGGUGCUGUCCAAGGACGCCGCCAUCUCCGGGGACGAGGGCUGGUGGACGGGCAAGGUCCGCCACCGGGUGGGCAUCUUCCCCUCCAACUAUGUGACCUACCAGCCGGCCAUCUACCGCCUCCCCCCCGCGGGGCCCGGCGGGGCCAGCAACCCCCGGGAACCGGCCCCCCGCUCCCCCGUGCAGAUCCCCUUCAGCGAGCUGGACAUCCAGGAGAUCAUCGGCGUGGGCGGCUUCGGGAAGGUGUACCGGGGGACGUGGAGGGACCAGGAGGUGGCGGUGAAGGCGGCCCGGCAAGACCCGGACGAGGACAUCACUGCCACCGCUGCUAGUGUGAAGCAGGAGGCGAAGCUGUUCUCCAUGCUGCAGCACCUGAACAUCAUCACGCUGGAGGGCGUGUGUCUGGAGGAGCCCAACCUGUGCCUGGUCAUGGAGUACGCCCGCGGAGGGACGCUCAACCGGGCCCUGACCGGGAGGAGAAUCCCGCCGCACAUCCUGGUCAACUGGGCCGUGCAGAUCGCCCGAGGGAUGCAGUACCUGCACGAGGAGGCCGUGGUUCCCAUUAUACACCGGGACCUGAAGUCGAGCAACAUUUUAUUACUUGAAAAAAUUGAGAACGAUGACAUCGGAAGGAAGACCUUGAAGAUCACAGAUUUUGGCCUGGCCAGGGAGUGGCACAAAACCACUAAGAUGUCGGCAGCAGGCACUUACUCCUGGAUGGCUCCUGAAGUUAUCAAGUCCUCGCUCUUCUCCAAAGGAAGUGACGUCUGGAGUUAUGGUGUUUUGCUGUGGGAGCUGCUAACGGGAGAGGUGCCUUAUCGAGGGAUUGAUGGCCUAGCUGUUGCUUACGGUGUGGCGGUCAACAAGUUAACUCUGCCGAUUCCCUCCACCUGCCCUGAACCCUUCGCUAAGCUCAUGGAAGAGUGUUGGGACCAGAACCCACAUGUUCGUCCCUCCUUCUCCUGCAUCCUGGAGCAGCUCUCAGCCAUCGAGGAGGCGGUGAUGGCCACCAUGCCGCAGGACUCCUUCCACAGCAUGCAGGACGAUUGGCGAGUGGAGAUCCAGGAGAUGUUUGAUGAGCUCAGGACCAAAGAGAAGGAGCUGCGUUCCAGAGAAGACGAGCUGACGCGGGCCGCCCUCCAGCAGAAGUCUCAGGAGGAGCUGCUGAAGCGUCGGGAGCAGCAGCUGGCAGAGCGAGAAAUCAAUGUGCUCGAGAGAGAACUGAACAUCCUCAUUUUCCAGCUCAACAGAGACAAGCCCAACGUGAAGAAGAGGAAAGGCAAAUUCAAACGCUCCCGCUUGAAACUGAAAGAUGGAAACCGCAUCAGUUUGCCUUCAGACUUCCAGCAUAAGAUCACCGUGCAGGCAUCGCCUUCGAUGGACAAGAGGCGGAGCCUUCACAGCACCAGCUCGUCUCCUCCCAGCAGCCCCACACUCAUCCCCCGACUGCGAGCCAUUCAGCUUACUCAAGACGAGAGCAACCGUACGUGGGGCCGCAGCUCCCUCUUCAGGCCAGAGGAGUUCGAUGAUGUGAAAAAGGGAAUCAAGAAGAAAGGGAGAACCUGGGGCCCCAGUUCAGUUCAGAGCAAAGAAAGGCCCGCUGCUGCAGAGAGAGUGAGACCUCUGUCAGACGGCAGUAACCCCUGGUCCACCAGCCUGAUGAAGUCCCAGAAGUCUGUCCCACUCGCUGCCCUGUUUGUUGAACAAGCAGGGGCGGGUAAAGACGAGGCGUUCUCCCAGGAAUGUCCCGACAGCAGCUCCAAACCAAAGCAGCUCAAGUUCCCCAACCAGGUGUACAUCGAUCUACCUCUGUGGAGGGACGAGCAGCAGCCCCAGAGCCCCGCUGGGGGGGGACUGGGAGACCCCGGGGUGAGUCCAGGCGGCCCCCCGGAGACUCCAGACGACCCCUGCACCACCACCUCCACGUCAUCCGCCUCCACCACCCCGCAGCUCACCCCCACCAACAGCCUGAAAAGAACAACGGCCCGCCGCAAGACCGACUCUGCGCUGUACGGCUGCGGCUCGCUGCUGGCGUCGGUCGUGCUCGGCUACGAUAUCAGAGAGGCUCUAAAGAACUCUGCUCCCGGGGAAGAAAGCGAGCCACUGAAGGAGGAGAAGGAGAAGAAGAAGAAAGAGGGCCUCUUUCAACGGGCCACCCGUUUCCGCCGCAGCACGUCGCCGCCGAGCGGCCGCCCCCGCAAGGACGAGGCGUCGUCGAACAGCAGCUCCACCCCGCCCGUUAAUCUCAUCUCCAUGUCGGCCAUCAUGGAGUGCAACUCCACCAAGUGCCUCUUACAGUCGGAGACGGAGGCGUCGCAGCGCAGCCCCGGGAAGCCCGAGCCCGAGCAGCACGCGGAGCCGGCCGCCGCCGGCACAGCAGCUUCCCCGGAGAGCCAGAGCAACAAAACUGCAGCUAAAACACACACGCCCGUGCAAACCCAAAGCCCGCCAGCAGAGCAGAGCAACCAUAACACAGGAACCCGUCUGCGCAGGAAGAAGUACCCCACCAACCACAACACUAACGGGCCGCCCGUUCUGCCCCCUCCCGCCCCACAGAAGAAGCAGGACAAAGAGAGGGAUGAAAAGCCUCCGAGCGGAGACGCGUUGUCACGGCCACGGCCGGUCUCGUUCCGGGCAAAGCCUCACACCUGGGCGCUGCUGAGAGGACGCAACAAGAGCUACUCCCUGGGUCACUACUCCGGGGAGAAGGCGGCGCACAGCCUGAACAUGGUGCUGUCCUCCGAGGUGGGCUGCUCCCUGCUGGACGUGGACUCCGAGGGCCAGAAACGAGACUGCACUGUGCCGCUCUGUCGCAUCCAGAGCUCCCCGGCCCGGUCCUCCGUCUUUGAGCUGGAGAAAGAGUAUCUCUCCUAAGAGCUCCGGGAGGCGAGCUGCUGCUCGCAGCUCCUCCAGCACGACGGAGAGACCCUGCAGGGUUUAGACCCUGGAGGGUUUAGACCCAGGCGGCUCCUGUUUGCAUUUCAAGAAGUUCUUGAUAAAACCGUAGCACCCAGCCGUGUAGUUGAGUACAGGUGCUGUAGAGCGCGGACGCCUCGCACCGGCGCUCUGGAACCGGAGCAGGAUCCUUGCAGAGCCGGAUCAGCAGCUCCAGCUCCUCCCGCGGUGCUGGAGCGCUACUCUCCUUCUCUCAUCUCUGUCUGGCUCCGUCACGCCGCUCCUUUCUCGUUCAGUCUCUGCAGCUCAACGUUGACCGCCGCUGCAGCCCUCGCAACACAGUACCCUCACCUUUUUAUUUAUAUAUCUAUUUUUAUAGGUAAUUUAAUAUGAAGAGACUUGACCUUACCUUAGCAACCAGGACGGCAUACAUUCCAUGUCAGUUUCAGACCUGUGUGAUCAAGGCCUUAGAUUAUGUUUUGUUUUUUUUUUGUCUUAAAAAAAUCAUGCAUGCAUGUACCCUUAAAAUGUUGAACAAAAAGAAAAAAAAAUGAUUAUGCCUCGCUUGUAAAUAUUCCUUUUUAUCCACUAUCAGCCUAAUGCUGGCAGGUGUUUUGUAUUGUGUAAAUGUUUUUUUUUGUUUUUUUUUACUGUCUUAAGGUACAGUUUGUGUUCUAGGGUUACAUAAUGGAUCGUAGCAGGGACGCAUGUAUGUGUCCACCCAGGACGCCCUGAAGAUUUUAGAGAAGCGGGUAGAAAAACACUGGACGUCUUCACCACCCGGACAUGAAACCUGUUCUCGUAGAUGCUGCGGUCCCGCACCGCUUUUUCCUGAAGAGUAUUUAUAGCAAAAUGUUGUGGGAGCGAUAUUUCCAGUGAUUUCCUCACUGCGACAGAGCGGGGGAGCACUUUUCACAUCAGGAUGAAACUCCCCCCCAAAUGAAUGAAUUUAAAAGUCUGCACAGGGUCACAACAUGACGCUAUUUGUACUCUGAUCCGGUACCUGCAGUCCAUCGAAACUGUUACGUUAACUGGUUUGGCCUUUCGCGUGAGUCGGAUUCCUGGUUAGAGUUCGUUUGGGACCUUUAUGCAAAGUUAAGCAAAAGAUUUCAGGAAGGUCUGGAGAUGUUGGAUUUGCCUGAAGAGAGCGCGAACGCACCUUUUCCCCUCAUGUUCACGCCGUAGACGUGCGGCCACGUGCGUGGCGUCCUCAGGACUCGCCAAGGGCUCGGUAUCCUGCAGCGUUCAGCUGGUCUUCCUGCAGACCUCCGUGACCUCCACGGUCCGGAGGUCUGACUAUGCAGUAAUACGUUCUGGAUACAGAUAACACUCGACAUCCGUACCCGUGUUUACACGUGACCCCCCCGAACGUUUCUCUUUUCCCCAAGUUCUCACUGGAAAGGGCUCAAAGGUUCAUUUACAGAAGCUUCUGAAUCUCCAGAGUGUAAAUAUAUUCCUCCUCUUUGUACUACUGCUGCGGUUUCAGAUUAUGUAGAAUGUGAAGUAUCCCUUGUUCUGUAUUUUAUGACUUUAAAACCAGGUCCAAACACUGUAAAGGCCUUAAAAAUCCCGAAGCUUUCGAAGGUGCCGCCUACCAACCAGUUUUAUUUCGUUUUAUUUUGAAAAAGUUAGGGCAUCUGUACACUGGUCCUGUACGUUCCCGUCAGCAGUCUGCGGUCUAGCCAGCAUGGUCACAACAAAAACCAAAACGUUUUUGUCCGUUCAGAUGCACAACGACUCGACAUUCCCAGAAAAAAAACAUUCCACUGCACUGGAGGGAUUUUAGCAAUACUGUUUCUGAAGGUUCACCAGUGUAGCACAGCCGGAGCUUCACGCGAACCCGCACCGAGGACCAAAACCACUAAGUAAACCUGCUGCUAUCCAGGAGAGAGACGACGGCGUCACAAAGAAGCUCAGAGGCUCCAGCGGCGCCGCCGCUGAGACACCUGAACAAAUGACACAACUUCCCGAGACUCACUGGACACUUUUCUCACUGACGGUGUCAGAUUUAACUCUGAGCACAUCGGUUCCAGUAAACUGUUUUCUUGUUCUUGUUUUUUAUCCUUACAGUAUUGGUUAUUUCACAUCUGAUUGAUCAAGAGUAUCAAAUUUAUCAGCAUUCAGAAUAAAGUCUAAAUC